AUGUCGGAUGGGUCUUCCCGUGACGGUGACGGGCAGCUGUCCGUCCCUACCACUCCUCCAGCAGGUGAGACAAAUACGACAUCGCCGGUUGAGCCUAGCGGUGGUCGUCAAGGGAGGCGUCGCCGGAUGGAAAUUCAACAACUUAAGUUCCUAGCGGCUGCGGCAUCUGACGUGGUGAUGCCUCCACCUGACAGUAGUACUAGGAAGCGAAGAAAGGCUGGAAGUAUCGAGACGAUUGAAACUACUACUGGUGGUGAUUUUGGUUUACCUAACCCGAAAGAAUUCCAGAAAGCAGUCCAAUCUAGUGAUAUGAAAACGGUGGAAAUCGGUCCUUGUGGUCGUGGAGCAUGUGGAACGUCGUCGGAGACUUUGGGAGAGGAUGGGUUGGAUAAGGAAAACUCUAGAUUUGGUCUCACUGUUGUGUGUGGAAGGAGGAGAGAUUUGGAAGAUGCGGUUUCUGUAAAACCGUCGUUUUGUAGAACUUCUCGUAGUUCCGACGAUCUACACUUUUAUGGCGUUUACGAUGGCCAUGGCUGCUCACAUGUGGCAAUGAAGUGCAAAGACAGAAUGCAUGAAAUAGUGAAGGAAGAAGUAGUGAGUUGCGAGAAAUCCAUGGAAUGGAGGGAGGCGAUGGUAAAGAGUUUCUCACGAAUGGACAAGGACAUAACCGACUGGAGCAACUCUGCAUCAAGAUCAAACUGUAGAUGCGAACUUCAAACUCCACAGUGCGACGCCGUCGGAUCCACCGCCGUCGUUGCGGUAGUGACACCAGAAAAGAUCGUCGUCUCCAACUGCGGAGAUUCGCGUGCAGUGCUUUGCCGGAACGGCGUUGCCAUUCCUCUCUCCGUAGAUCAUAAGCCUGAUCGACCCGAUGAACUUGCGAGAAUCGAAGAAGCCGGUGGUCGUGUUAUAUAUUGGGAUGGCGCUAGAGUUCUCGGCGUUCUAGCCAUGUCUAGAGCAAUCGGCGACAACUAUCUGAAGCCGUACGUGAUACCGGAACCGGAAGUAACCGUAACGGAGCGGACGGCCGACGACGAGUGCCUUAUCCUUGCAAGCGACGGCCUGUGGGAUGUUGUAUCAAACGACGUAGCAUGUAGUGUGGCCAGCAUGUGCCUGAGGUCACAGGAGGUUCCAUCUCCGCCGCGGUCUCCCGGAAGUGAGUUGAAUGUUGCCCGUGGUGAGAGCUCCGACAAGGCAUGCUCCGAUGCAUCGGUGCUUCUGACGAAAUUAGCCUUGGCUAGACGGAGCACGGAUAACGUCAGCGUGGUGGUGGUUGAUCUACGGAGGAACUUAUAACCUCUGUUACGAGAUUCUUAUUUUUAUUUUCAAAAUUCGAAGCAUCAUUUUGUUGUUUGCAUAAGAUAUAACAUUGGUGGUUCGAAGAUGAAGAAGGAUUUGAUGUAUUGUUAACGAUAUAAUAUAAAAUGUAUAUAGUUAGAGAGAAGUAAUAUACAUAUUAUUUGAAUCAGUUAUUUUCCGAUCAACUCCAAAUUAUUGUACAUGGUUCAGAACAGCUAC